GGCGCCAUGGUGGAGAAGGAGGAGGCGGGCGGCGGUAUCAGCGAGGAGGAGGCGGCGCAGUAUGACCGGGAGAUCCGUCUUUGGGGAUUGGAGGCCCAGAAACGGCUGCGGGCCUCUCGGGUGCUUCUUGUCGGCUUGAAGGGACUCGGGGCUGAAAUCGCCAAGAAUCUCAUCCUGGCUGGAGUGAAAGGACUGACCAUGCUGGAUCACGAGCAGGUAUCUCCAGAAGACCCCGGAGCCCAGUUCUUGAUCCGUACUGGGUCUGUUGGCCGAAACAGGGCUGAAGCCUCUUUGGAGCGAGCACAGAAUCUCAACCCCAUGGUGGAUGUGAAGGUGGACACUGAGAAUAUAGAAAAGAAACCCGAGUCGUUUUUCACCCAAUUUGAUGCUGUAUAUCUGACUUGCUGCUCCAGGGACGUCAUAGUAAAAGUUGACCAGAUCUGUCACAAAAAUAGCAUCAAGUUCUUUACGGGAGAUGUUUUUGGCUACCAUGGAUACACGUUUGCCAAUCUUGGAGAGCAUGAAUUUGUAGAGGAGAAAACCAAAGUUGCCAAAGUCAGUCAAGGAGUAGAAGAUGGACCUGAUACCAAGAGAGCCAAACUUGAUUCAUCUGAGACAACCAUGGUCAAGAAGAAGGUGGUCUUCUGCUCCAUCAAAGAGGCGCUGGAAGUGGACUGGAGCAGCGAUAAAGCAAAGGCAGCCCUGAAGCUCACGACUCCGGAUUACUUCCUCCUUCAAGCCCUGUCUGUCUCAGAGGGACCCCCCUCACAACAACUUCUUCUUCUUCGAUGGCAUGAAGGGGAAUGGGAUUGUGGGGUGCCUGGGCCCCAAGUGAACCCGAGACUCCGCGGCCCCAGAGAUGCUGACCGCACAGUGCCCUUGUGCGAUGGAUCCCCUCCCCUCCCCCAUGAAGGCCUCUCCACGCGAGGGAAAAACCAAGUCACUGAACCAGUACCAACCAUUUCCUACGAGCCGCGAGGCUGUGAAGCACCAGUGGCUGCUAAGCAAGGGCCUGGGUCCUGAUGGUCUCCUCCCAGCUCUCCUGCAUGGUCAGUUCCUGAAAGUCCCCAGCCAGGAACCAGCACACUUUGUUGCCUAGGAGCCUCUUGCCACCUUCUUGUCCUCAGUCCCCACCUGAUGUCACACAGCGAGGAGCGUGACUUCAGGUGGGGAAUAACUCCCGGGGCCAUGAAACCACACAGCGGAACCACAGAUUCAAGUGCAGACAGGUGCCCUUAGAGAGCCAAAAACAUGGCGGGCGGAGUGUGUGUCCACCAAAGUCUGAAGCUCUGAGAAGCAACAGGCGGCAUCGGUGUGCUGCUCUUGAGUUUAGUCUAGGAUUAGU